AUGUAUUCUAAUCCAAUGCAACAAUCAUCACCGAUGCAACGUCCUCCAACAAUGAUGAAUCCAUCUCCUGUACCUCAACCAAAUACUGCUGUCGGUGUACCAUCAAUGCGAUCAAUGGUUGCUUCAUCACCAAUGCAAGCAUCAAUGCUUCAACAAUCACCUCAAUCAUCAAUGAUGGCACGACCUAUUGGUAGUCCAUAUGGUGUUGUUAAUCGUGCAGCACUCUAUGAUAAAAGUAAACGAUCAACUUAUUCAAAUGAUCUUCGUCAACAACCAAUGGUUCAACCAGGACAACAACCACCACAAAUGCCCUAUGGAAAUGUUAUGGGUCCAAGUCAACCAAUGAUGCCAAAUGCUAUUCCGUCAAAUGCUGGUCCUAUAAGACAAAAAAAACGUAAACGUUUAACAGAAAAAGUUAUUCAUAAACAAAUACGUUCACUUGUGCCUGAAUCUCAAGCUUAUAUUGAAUUAUUACGUCUUGAACAAAAAUUAGAUUCUGUUUUAAUGAGAAAACGACUUGAUAUUCAAGAAACACUUAAACGACCACAAAAAAUAAAAAAGAAAUUACGUAUAUUUAUUAGUCAUCAAUAUCCAGUUCGUUUUGAUUCAGAUACAACUGGUAUCGAUGAUGAACAAGUGCAAUAUUGGGAAAUGCGCGUUGAAGGUCGUCUUCUUGAUGAUCCAAAUACAAAUAAAUAUGAUCAAGGAAAAACAAAACGUAAAUUUUCAUCUUUUUUUCGAAGUCUUGUUAUUGAAUUAGAUAAAGAUUUAUAUGGACCAGAUAAUCAUCUUGUUGAAUGGCAUCGUACAAAUGCAACAGCAGAAACUGAUGGAUUUCAAGUUCGUCGACCAGGUGAUCAAAAUGUUAAAUGUACUAUUUUAAUGGUUCUUGAUCAUUCACCACCACAAUUUCGACUUGAUUCACGUCUUGCUCGUUUACUUUCAUUAACUAAUGGUACACGACAAACAAUUAUACAUGCUAUGUGGCAAUAUAUUAAAACAAAUAAAUUACAAGAUUCAGAAGAACGAGAAUUUAUUAAUUGUGAUGUACAUUUACAAGCGAUAUUCGAUUCUGCACGUAUACGUUUUUCUGAUCUACCAGCUAAACUUAAUAAACUUAUACUUCCAUCAGAACCUAUUAUCAUCAAUCAUACACUCUGUCUUGGUACUGAUCCAAAAAAACAUGCUUGUUAUGAUAUAGAUGUUGAAGUUGAUGAUCCUGUUCGAGAUUCAAUGCGUACAUUUUUAUCACCACAAAAUACACAUGAAUUAGAAGAAUUAGAUGGAAAAAUUUUACAAUAUAUUGAUAGUAUAAAUCAAUUAAAACAAAGUCGUGAAUUUUAUCUUUCAUUUGCUGAUGAUCCUCAAGGUUUUAUAUGUAAAUGGUUAGCAUCACAAUCACGUGAUCUUAAAAUGAUAACUGAUUCAACAACAGGAAAUGCUGAAGAAGAACGACGUGCUGAAUAUUAUACUGAACAAUGGUCAUAUGAAGCAGUUAGUCGAUAUUUUUAUAAUAAAGUACAGCAAAAACGAGCAGAAUUAGAACAAGCACUUGGUAUUCGUAAUCCUUGA